UUGAGAUAUUUAACAACAUUUUAUUUCUGCUGGGGAGGGGUAAGGCUGUUUAAGUCAGAUUGUUAGAACAAUGAAAGAAGGUGUAGUCAAUUCAGCUUUUGUCAGCAAUGAAAACCUCCAACUACACAGAGACGAUGAACAGAAACCACAUGAAAAAGCACAUGAGGAGGAGUUUUCUGAAGGUCCAUGUGGCUGGAGUAAUUUCACUCCAAGCUGUUUGCAAUGCUGCAACAAUGCCAAAGGAUUUGUUUUCAUCUUUGGCUUGCUUGUGAUUGUUCAAAAAAACGACACUGUUCCUGCCACUAACAGAAGUGAAGACAGCUGCAGCACCUCCAGCCUGUCAGCACUCUCUAACUACUUCUAUGUUUUUAUACUGGGGCACCUGAUUAUGGGGGUUGGAGGGACCUCGAUCUACACUCUGGGAAUUGCUCAUAUAGAUAUCAGUGUCCCGUCUGAGAAAUCUUCACUGUAUACAGGUGUUGGUUAUAUGAUGACAAUAUUGGGUGUCGCACUUGGAUACAUUGUGGGUGGGCAGUUACUGAAUAUCUAUGUUGACGUGGAUCAACUACAAGAUGUUGCCCUAAGUCCAGAAGACCCUCGCUGGGUUGGUGGAUGGUGGAUUGGAUAUCUGAUAGGUUUGCCUGCAGCGUGGCUCCUUAUUGUGCCUUUCUUGGGUUUCCCAAAACAUCUACCAGGAACUGCAAAGAUCCAUGCAGAAAAGGUGUCGCAGGUGCAUCAUGAUGGGAGUGAAGAUAUCGUGAAAGAGAAAGAUGUAGGCAAAAGUUUUAAGGAUUUUCCUUUGUCUUUAAAGCUCCUGCUGAAGAAUCCAGUGUUCAUGUGUUUAACCUUAACUGCCACUUCAGAAGGAAUGACUUCCUUUGGCACAUCAAUAUUUUUCACCAAAUUUAUUGAAAAUCAGUAUGGAAAGACAGCAAGCAUUUCAUCUUUGAUUGCAGGAUGUGUUAUAAUUCCCGGAGCAGCAAUUGGACAAGUACUUGGAGGGCUGGUGGUUUCUAAAUUCAAAAUGAAAUGCAAACAGACCAUUAGGCUGGCUAUAGCCACAUCGUUUGCUUCAUUGAUGUUUUCUGCUUGUUAUGUCUUAGCUAAAUGUGACAACCCUGAAUUCGCUGGCAUUUCAGUUGAAAAUGGAGCAACAGGGAAUCUGUCUGCCCCGUGUAAUGCCAACUAUAACUGUGACCGCUCCCACUACAACCCUGUCUGCGGGGUGAAUAAUGUUCAGUAUUUUUCACCCUGUCAUGCAGGGUGUAAAGAUCAUGUUCUGCUGAGUAAAACUGAGGUUUAUUACAACUGUUCCUGCAUUGAAGAUACCCAUAACACUUCUGAAUCAAAGGCUUAUUCAGGAAAGUGUGCAACAAUGUGCAAUAAAUUGCCUAUAUUAAUGGUGUUAAUGCUGAUUGCGGGUAUUAUUACCUGCAUGACAUCAACUCCUGUCAUUACUGCUGUUCUCUGGUGUGUGCCUGAGAAACAGCGUUCCUUUGCACUCGGGGUCCAGUGGGCCUUCAUAAGGUUGCUGGGUGCUAUACCUGCACCUAUCUUAUUGGGUAGUGCAAUAGACCAUUCUUGCAUCCUGUGGGAUAAUAGCACACCUGGAAGCAAAGGCGCAUGUUUGAUGUAUGACAAUCUCAAAUUGGCCUCCACUUUUUCAUUGUUCAGUGCAGCCUUCAAACUGAUAUCUGGUAUUUUUAUUGUGGUGGCAUAUUUCCUGUAUAAACCGCCACCAGGAAAAGAUGAGUCUAAUGACAAAUCUUCAUCUACAACUUUACCUAAUUGAUACAUUUAGCCAUUGCCUAGUUGUUACAUGCAUUGCACCUGGUUGUUAGUGGUAUUUUAUUUUAGUUUUUAAAAAAAGUUAUGAUGGUUUUGUAUUAAUGAAUAUAAUUGUUAUUUGGGCUUGUCCACCUUGCAGAUGGGGCUACAUUUGCAAUGGAAACUUGGAUACGAUCUGUGUUACAAACAGAAUUCCCUCCUCUGAGGUACAAAGAAAAGAAAACAAAUAAAUGAAAAAAAAUCUUUAAAAAAUGCAUUUAAAAGUGUAUUUGAUACUGCUGGCAACCAAAUAACAUUGUGUGCCUACUGCAAAAAUAAAUUGAUAUUGUGUGUCCACUGCAAGAAUAUAUGUAAUUAAACAGUGUGGCAGGGCAGAGGGCAGAGGGCAGGGCAAAUGUAUAGAUUGUUUGUAGGUUCUAUUUCUGUAAAUUUAAGUUGAAUGUAUUUUAAAUGUACGUUUGGCAGGGAUGGGGUUAAAAUCCCACCCCUGCCAAAUCCAUGUGUAGAAUGUGGAGGAUUUAGUUGUUAGUUGUUUAGAGAAAGGACUGGGAGCAGCAGUUUGGGCUCACUGUUGUUGCACCUAGCUAGCCUUUGCUUGGGUGUUUUGAUUUAUUUUGUAUUUUUGUUGAACUGUUUUUGUUUCAUUGUUUAGUAAAAGCACUUUAAACAGCAAUCUCCUGUUUUCUGCGUCUGCUAGCCCCGUCUAUACAGUAGCUGCCUUGACCACCCAGAUAUCCCUUCCACUGACAUGGGCAGCAGUGUGGAGUAGUGGUUAGGGCUCUGGACUCUUGACCGGAGGGUCAUGGGUUCAAUCCCCGGUGGGGACACUGCUGCUGUACCCUUGAGCAAGGUACUUUACCUAGA